CAGUACCAAGGGCCCCAAAUUGGUGCAUUUUAUAUAUUAUCAUAUUUAGGCUACAAGUUUGUAGAUUUCUGAUCUACGUUUACUUGCUCAACGAUUCUCAAUUGUCAUUUUGUUAGGCCCUAUGCUCAUCAAGCUUUUCCCCUUCAGGUCUGAGGAGCUUGUGGCUGCUGCUGCUGAGUCUGUGUCUGCACUAACUCUGCAAGAACCAGAUGUUACAUCCUCAGAGGAUUUGAUUGAAGUUGUGUCAUCAGAGGAACUUAUCACUGUCAGUCCACAAACACUGCCGGCGCAUAACACUACUGAAGGUAGUGCACCAUCAGGACACAGCUACUCUGCAUCUUCUGGCCCAACCAUUUUCUGCCGGAGGCCCUCGGGAUGGUAUUUUACAUUCUUCAUCAGGAGGGAUCGUGGGGGAUGUUUCCACAUGUAUCCGGACAUGGGAGGACCAUUUCAGAGCUUAAAGGAAGCAGAAGAUACUAUUGAUGCCCAUAUUUUCAAGCUGCAGCGUCAGGCAAUGUACAAUGAGCAAGAUGAUGUUCCGUCUGUGGAAAGGCUGAUUCGACGUUGUGUUUUCUAUCCUGAUGGAACACCAAAAAGAGGUCCCAAUUGCCCAGCAAGGAAGAAUCCCUAUUAUCGAGAGCGCAAUUUGGUUCAAGCUAUAUUAGACCAAUACAACGAUGACCACAAUCUUUUGGGGGACCUUGCACAUGAACUCAAAGGUGAUGUGAGCUUCCAAUGGAUUCAUGAGAAAAGAGCAUGUCACUAUCAUUUCAACUUCACCACAAGAACGAAAGAAGCUGGCAUUGCUAAUCUAUUCUUUGCUGAAGUGUCACGGAUGCAAAGAGACGGGGAUUGGGUGCUCAGCUGUUGUUGUAUGAUUGGACCUAAUGAUAAUGGUGGCUGUUAUAGUUGUGCAAGUGAUGAUAGCCCUGAUAUUAAGCACCCAAGCCAUACCAAUUCAUACACUGGUGGCCACGUGGAUGAAUAUUUAAGAUUCGGAGGUGAUUCAUGCAGUGACUCAGAUGAUGAUGAGGAAGUUCAGGUGGCUAAGCUAAGGAUAAAGUUUAGGGGUUUGUAAUAAGGAGGAAACAAAAUGUUGCAACGGUAUAACCUUGGUGAAAUCUAAAGUUACAAUUAAUAAGUGCAUGCUAUUGUGUGACGGGAUGUACACUAACCACUGAGGCGUCUUCAUAUGGAUAAAUACCGAGGCAUUCACUGGAAUGUCAUGUCGAGGCAUGAAACACGAUCAAGUAUCAUUGUGGCCCAAAAGAUGUGAAAACAGCCAAAGGGCCCGUACUCAUAAGAGUCUUUCUAAAAUUCAUUAUCUAAACCUUCAUUUGGAGAGUCAUAUGAAUAAAAAUUCAUUUUCUAAAUCAAGUCUUUUCAAAUAAAAAUUUUCUAUAUAUCUCCACUCCACCCUAAGU